CAGCCCGUAACUUGGCCCAGGCAGUAGUUCGCGUUUUGAGCCGCUCGUGCCACCAUAGCUGCUGCUGCCGUCGCGGCCGUGGAGCUGAAAUAGUGGAGCGAGAUGCCUGAGGGCGCUGUGAGCGGCGCGGCCCCCGGGCCCCAGGGCUGGUCAGUGAGAAGGCAUACUGGAAGACUCUGUGGAGUGGAAGGGCAGUGCUGCUGUUGAAACAAGUCCCAAGAUAGGGCCAGAACUGUCCCGGGACUCUUCAUCAUGAUGGCUGUUGAAGGGUCAACCAUUACCAGCCGGAUCAAGAACCUGCUGCGAUCUCCAUCCAUCAAACUACGCAGGAGUAAGGCAGGAAACCGGCGAGAGGACCUCAGCUCCAAGGUGACCUUGGAGAAGGUGCUUGGAAUAACAGUAUCUGGAGGCAGAGGACUUGCCUGUGACCCUCGAUCUGGUUUAGUUGCCUACCCAGCUGGGUGUGUGGUCGUGCUGUUCAAUCCCCGGAAACACAAACAGCACCACAUCCUCAACAGUUCCAGAAAAACUAUCACUGCCCUUGCCUUCUCCCCUGAUGGCAAGUACUUGGUCACUGGAGAGAGUGGUCACAUGCCUGCCGUGCGGGUUUGGGAUGUGGCUGAACGUUGCCAGGUGGCAGAGCUGCAGGAGCAUAAGUAUGGUGUGGCUUGUGUGGCCUUCUCUCCUAGUGCCAAGUACAUUGUCUCCGUGGGCUACCAGCAUGACAUGAUCGUUAACGUCUGGGCUUGGAAGAAAAACAUCGUGGUAGCUUCCAAUAAGGUGUCCAGUCGGGUGACAGCAGUGUCCUUCUCUGAAGAUUGCAGCUACUUUGUCACUGCAGGCAACCGGCACAUCAAGUUCUGGUACCUCGAUGACAGUAAGACCUCAAAGGUGAAUGCCACUGUGCCCCUGCUGGGUCGCUCAGGGCUGCUGGGAGAACUACGGAACAACCUGUUCACUGAUGUAGCCUGUGGCCGAGGGAAGAAGGCAGACAGCACCUUCUGCAUCACAUCCUCAGGGCUCCUGUGCGAGUUCAGUGAUCGAAGGCUUUUGGAUAAGUGGGUGGAGCUGAGAACCACCGUGGCCUACUGCAUCUCUGUGAACCAAGACUACAUCUUCUGUGGUUGUGCUGAUGGCACUGUGCGCCUCUUCAACCCCUCUAACCUACACUUCCUCAGCACCCUGCCCCGACCCCAUGCUCUGGGGACAGACAUUGCCAGCAUCACUGAAGCCAGUCGCCUCUUCUCUGGAGCGGCCAAUGCCAGGUAUCCAGACACCAUUGCAUUGACCUUUGAUCCCAAUAAUCAGUGGCUGUCUUGUGUAUACAACGACCACAGUAUUUAUGUUUGGGACGUGAGAGACCCCAAGAAAGUGGGCAAGGUGUACUCGGCUCUGUAUCAUUCCUCCUGCGUCUGGAGUGUGGAGGUCUACCCUGAAGUGAAGGACAGUAAUCAGGCCUGCCUGCCCCCUAGUUCCUUUAUCACCUGUUCCUCGGACAACACCAUUCGCCUGUGGAACACAGAGAGCUCUGGGGUGCAUGGCUCCACUCUGCACCGAAACAUCCUCAGCAAUGACCUCAUUAAGAUCAUCUAUGUGGAUGGGAACACUCAGGCCCUGCUGGACACUGAGCUGCUUGGAGGAGACAAAGGUGACGGGUCCCUGAUGGAUCCCCGUGUGGGCAUCCGCUCUGUGUGUAUCAGCCCCAAUGGACAGCAUCUAGCUUCGGGGGACCGUAUGGGCACGCUCAGGGUGCAUGAGUUACAGUCCCUAAGUGAGAUGCUGAAAGUGGAGGCCCAUGACUCAGAAAUUCUGUGCCUGGAGUACUCUAAGCCAGACACAGGUCUGAAGCUGCUAGCCUCGGCAAGCCGGGACAGGCUGAUCCACGUGCUGGAUGCUGGACGAGAGUACAGCCUACAGCAGACAUUGGACGAGCACUCAUCCUCCAUCACUGCUGUCAAGUUUGCAGCCAGCGAUGGGCAAGUCCGCAUGAUCAGCUGUGGAGCAGACAAGAGCAUCUACUUCCGUACUGCACAGAAGUCUGGAGAUGGAGUACAGUUUACACGGACACACCACGUGGUACGGAAGACGACCCUCUAUGACAUGGAUGUGGAGCCCAGCUGGAAGUACACGGCUAUUGGCUGCCAGGACCGAAAUAUUCGCAUCUUUAACAUCAGCAGUGGGAAGCAGAAGAAGCUAUUUAAAGGGUCACAGGGUGAGGAUGGCACUCUGAUUAAGGUGCAGACAGACCCCUCAGGGAUCUACAUUGCCACCAGCUGUUCUGACAAGAACCUCUCCAUUUUUGACUUCUCCUCAGGCGAGUGCGUGGCCACUAUGUUUGGCCACUCAGAGAUUGUCACUGGCAUGAAAUUUAGUAAUGACUGCAAACAUCUCAUCUCUGUGUCAGGGGACAGCUGCGUAUUUGUGUGGCGCCUGAGCUCUGAGAUGACCAUCAGCAUGAGGCAGCGUCUGGCCGAGCUGCGCCAGCAUCAGCGAGGGAGCAAGCAGCAAGGACCAUCUUCUCCCCAAAGAGCUGCUGGGCCCAACCGGCAUGAGGCCCCAUCAGUGCUGUCUUCUGGACCAGCUCUCUCAUCAGACAGUGACAAGGAGGGAGAAGAUGAGGGCACUGAAGAAGAAGAACUUCCAGCUCUGCCUAUCCUUGCCAAGGGUACCAAGAAAGAGCGAGCCUCGGUGCCCAGCCCAGCCCUGCCCCGAAGUCUGUCCCACUGGGAGAUGAGUCGGGCACCGGACACGGUGGAGUUCCUGGACCCAGCUCCUGCAGCCAACCAAAGACCCAGAAGAAGAGGGCGCUGGGCUCAGUCUGGCAUUGAGCUGAGUGUUCGCUCCAUGCUGGACCUGCGGCAGCUAGAGACACUGACCCCAAGCCCUCGGGGCUGUAGCCAAGACUUGCUGGCCAUGAGUCCUUCUGGUCCUGGGAAGCAUGAUCAGGAGGCCCCUGAGACCUCACAUACUAUCCAGAAUGAAAAGCACCCUCGGUCUCAGACUUCACAACCCUGUUCCUGCCCCCACAUUAUCCGAUUAUUGUCCCAAGAGGAAGGGGUCUUUCCCCAAGAUCUGGAGCCUACACCCAUUGAAGAUGGUAUUGUCUACCCGGAGCCAAGUGACAGCCCCACUUUGGAUACCAGUGAGUUCCAGGGGCAGGCAUCAGCGCGAGGGACCCUGGGAAGAGCGUAUCCAAGCAGCAGGGGCUCAGAGAAGCAUAGCCCUGACAGUGCCUGUUCUGUGGAUUAUAGCAGCAGCCGCCUUUCUAGCCCUGAGCACCCCAAUGAAGACUCUGAGAGCACGGAGCCCCUGAGUGUGGAUGGCAUUUCCUCAGACCUUGAAGAGCCAGCUGAGGGAGAUGAAGAAGAAGAGGAAGAGGAGGGAGGCCCUGGCCCCUAUGGACUGCAGGAAGGCAGCCCCCGUACCCCGGACCAGGAGCAGUUUCUAAAACAGCACUUUGAGACUCUGGCCAAUGGAUCUGCUCCAGGAGGCCCUGUCCGAGUACCAGAGAGGACAGAGUCUCAGAGCAUCUCUUCACGAUUCCUGUUGCAAGUGCAGACCCCCCCACUCAGGGAACCAUCCCCAUCUUCCUCAAGCCUAGCACUGACGUUGAGACCAGUCUUGAUGCCACAGACUUCUGGCGAGCAGCUGAGAGGCAGUCGUGCCAAUCCUCCAGGAGCACCCCCAGAGGCGGAGCCUACCCCCGGAAAUCCUGGCCCCCAGCAGGCAGCCCCUGUGCUGUUGCCACGACGCCGUCUCAGCCCAGACAGCAGCUGGGCACCCAAGAGAGUGGCAUCAACCAGCUCCUUAGGUAGACUCCAGAAGGCCCAAUCUGUGCAGAGUCUGGUGCCACAGGGGGAGGCUUCUCCACCAGGCCCAUUGCUCUUACGAGAGAUAGAGGCCCAGGAAGGCCUGCGUUCCCUGCCCCAGGCUGAUGGCCGUCUGUCUCGGCCCCGUUCCUACCAGAACCCCACCACCAGUUCCAUGGCCAAGAUAUCCCGCAGCAUCUCUGUUGGAGAGAAUCUGGGCCUGGAGGCUGAACCUCAAGCUCCUGCCCCUGUUCGAGUCUCACCACUUAGCAAGCUGGCCCUGCCCAGCCGGGCUCACUUGGUCCUGGACAUUCCAAAGCCGUUGCCUGAUCGUCCUACCCUGGCCACAUUCUCACCUGUUACCAAGGGCAGGUCUCCUGGUGAGGCGGAACAGCCUGGCUCCCCAGUGGGCCUAGGAAAGACUCACAGUACAUCUGAGAAGCAGGCCUCUUUGGGAGAGAGUACCCCUCCCAGGCCUAGGACAGAAUGCCAAGCUCAGCCUGGGUCUAACAGCCCCUGCGCGCAGCACCUGUCAGUGGGCAGCCUUCUCCAAGGCUCUGAGAACUUGCAGCCCCCACCUCCUGAGAAGACUCCCAACUCCAUGGAGUGUACCAGGCCAGGGGCAGCCCCAAGCCAGGCCUCAGAACCAGCAGUGAGCUUGGAGCAGUGUGAACAACUUGUGGCAGAGCUCCAGAGCAGUGUGCGCCAGGCCGUGCAGCUCUACCACUUGGUGGCCAGCUGCAAGACACCCUCAAUGGAGCAAGGUCGCAUCACCCAGCUCCUCAGAAACACCUUCUCUUCGGUGCGGCAGGAGCUAGAGGCCCUGGCUGGAACGGUGUUGUCCAGCCCUGGCGGGAGCCCCGGGACAGUAGGGGCUGAGCAAACACAGGCCCUGUUAGAGCAGUACUCAGAGCUGCUGCUUCGAGCUGUGGAGCGGCGCAUGGAACGCAGACUCUGAGUUCCAGAAGUCUGUCCCAAGUGAAUGCUCCCCGUCUUCCAAACUGUAGCCCCUCCUCCACUCACCAAAACCUGUGGGGAUGCUUGGAGUGGAUACCAGGGAUCAGUGCUCAGUGGAGAAGCAGCUUUCCCACCUGCUCCUCACGGUGCCCCUGUAUUUAUUAAUUUAUUUCCCUGACUCUUGCCUCACUUUUUUGGAACUCCUGCCUCCACAGCUCCUCUAGUGGUUCAUGCAGGAGUAGGUCUUGGAUCUUUGUCAUCUUGGUGCUGUGAGGAGUAGGAGGGCAGCCUGCCCCAUUUGGGGGAAAUCCGGACGGGCUGGCCCUCUCCUCUAAGAAGCCAUUUGAAAUUACUGCAGGGAUCAGCUCCCUGGGGUGGAGCGCACACAGGGUACUCAGUGGGUAGAGGUGAGAGGCAUGGUAUUCAGUGCCCUUCAGCCAACAGUGGAGCCUUUCCUCUACCUCCACUUCCCCUCCCAUACCAGCUGCACUACCCUGGCUGCCAGAGCACGGGUUAUUCCUUUCCCCCAAUUCCUGGCAGUUCAGAAAGGCAGAGCCCUCUGCCCUCCAGGGUCUUUCCAGGCAUCGGGAGGCUUGAGUUGGUAUCAAGGCCUGAGCCCCCACAUUCCACUCCCAUUCCCCCUCCAAGAGGGCCCUAACAUUGCCUUUCCCUGUGCCCCCUUUCUGUCCUGGCCAGAAUGUGUGGAACCAGCUGUGGGAUGUUGCUGCAGGACAGUAAUGCCCUCUGCUAGGCAGACAUGAAGCCCUGGCCUCUUUUCCUCAGCUCCUCAGCCUUCCCUAUCCUCCAACUCUGCUCCCCAGCAGGCUGCUGGAGCCCAGAAGCCUCCUUCUCCCUGCAUCCUGAGUGAUGCUCAAUCAGAAACCUAUUGGAACUUCCUUCAUGGUUUACAGGGCGCUGGCCCACCUUCUAAAGGACCUUGGCCACAGAUGGCAUCUUACACACACACACACCACACCACACCCCACACCCCCCCCUAGUACUUGGCUGGCUGAUGUGUGCUCGGUUUCCUCUCACGUCCUGCCCCAACUUCACCACUCUGGGAAAGGGAUGGAGCAUACUAAACUCGAAUUUUGGAUUCUUGAUGUCCACAGCCUAGCUUGUGUGGCCCAUAGGGUACCAGGUUUGAGUGGAAAGAGCCUCCUGAAAGGCAGAGCUGGGCACCCAGGGUGCUCUGGAUACUGGAGGUUGAGGGGGGAGAGGCACCUGUGACUACAGUAGGGGCCAAGAGACACUGGAAAGGUGGUAGGAGGGAUAGGUAAGUUGUAGAGGUGAGGGGAUAGAUUAGAAUUAGAAACAGUUGUUUGGGGUGAGGGGAAGAUAAGGCACAGUGGGCAGGUAGAGUAGGACCAAGUAGUGAAGCAGUCGUUGAGUUGGAAUGAAGAAUGUGUCUCUGGGCCCUACUGCUUUCCUGUGCCUCAGAUAAGUCUGGAAAGCUUUACUGUAGCUCCAUGCCACAAAAGCCCAUUCUCCCAUGGGUGGGCCUUUGGGCCCCCUACUAGCUCUAUAGUUAGAGGCUUUGAAAGAAAUUGCAUUCCAAAGGAUGCUCGGCUCUGUUUGCUGCAGCCUGAGUGUACCUGAACAGAUGAAAUCUAUUUCAUCCCCACUCUUCUCUACUACCAGCACCUGGCCAAUCCUGCAGAGAAAUCCUGGGCCCAAAAACUGUUGUAGCUGAGGGUGGACCCUGGUGGGGCUGCAGCUGGCCUUGUGAGGUUAGAAUUUCACUCCCACCCCACUACCCAAAUCUGCACACUGGCUAGCCACAGUCCACCCCAAAUAGGGCUCAGGCCUGGCCCAUUGGGCUGGGUUCUUCUAUCCUCAUCCAGCCUGUCCCUCACAGGAGGGAACUGCACUCCUGCUAAGGUCUGUGAGAGGGUGGUCACCCUUUCCCCACCCCUAGCCCAGCGUUGGUGGGGCGGGGGUCUUGUGGUCAGGCUGGUGCCCGUCCCCUUCUGCAUGUCUGAGGCCACCGGCAACUGCCGGCCCUGUCCAGAUUUGCCCUGACCCAGUUUUAAAAGACCCUUAUUUAUAACUUUUAUACUUUGCCCAGUCCCUGGCGCUUCCUCCCUCCCCAGGUCUCACGGGGCAGAGGCUGUUUUUAAUAUGUCCGUUUGUAUUGAUGUUUGAACUUGUCAAUAAACACAAUCAUUUGUUAACUCUGA